AUGGCAGCCCCCCAGCUGGGCAGCUACAGCAGCAGCACCGCUCUCUCGCCAGACCACUACAAGCUCGUGCAGGCCGUCGAACGAGCCGGAUCGCCCGAGGACAUGAACCGGGUCCUUCUGGCGUGCCUCGCCAAGAUCAAGGCCAGCUGGACAAAGCGCGCCCCUUCCCCCACCACAGCCCGCCACGACCUCGUCCUCGUCUUGUAUGCCCGCUCGCACCGAGCAGACGCUUCACCAAGUCGCCUCGACGAGAGCGCGCAAGACCUGUUCGACGCGGCGUGGGCGCUCCCCGUCGCCGUCAAGCUCGCAGGAGGCGCCGGCCUCGUCAACCGCGACAUGGGCUACCGCGCGUGCGCCGAGCUCUUCUCGCCCCUCGAGCCGCAUCCUCUCAAGCUCCUCCUCGUCAACACGAUCCGCUCGGACCUGUACGUGCCUGUCGGAGCCGACAAGGCCGAAGCGCGGUGGGCGGGCUCGCUUCGCGCCGCCGCACAUCCGGCGCUCGCGUCGCCAGAACUCGCGCCCGCCAUUCGCGAGCGCGUCGUCGAGCUCAUGCUCGACCCGCAUUACCCGAACCCGAUCCGCCGCCUCGCUCUCGAGGCGCUCCUGUCGCUCGCCCGCUGUACUCGCGACGACGACUCGAGCCAGCCCACCUCGAUCGUCGCCGAGGCUCGCAACGCCGUCCUUUCCCUCGUCCUGCCCCGUCCGCCCUCAUCGUCUACCUCGGCCGCCGGUGGGCCCAGCCGUCGCCGCACCUCGUCGCCACAGCAGGCUCUCCCGCCCGCCUUCCUCGCCGCAAUCGCCACCGCCCUUUCGCCCACCUCACCCCUACAUCCUGUCCUCGCCGAUGUCGCACAGCGGAUCGAGCUCGUCGUCCAGCUCUGCCGGCGCAUCCUCGCCGUGUCCGAGCAGGACGAGCGCCGCACGCGGCACAAGGGCGUCAAGUGCGUCUGGGCGACCGAGCGCGCCCUCAAGGUGCUGCGAGAUGAGCUCGCGCACUCGGCGGCGGCGGGCGAGGAGCUCGGUGCGCGCGAGGACGAGGCGGUCUGUGCGCUCGUGUGGGAGGUCGUCGAGAAGAUGCUCGAGACGGCCAACGAGGCCUCCGACGCCGUCACCCUCACCGCCCUUUCCCUCUUGCCCUUCCUCUCGACCGCCAUCCCCUCCUCGCCCGACUCGCCGGCCCUACGCCGCCUCCUGUCGCGCCUCAACUCGCACUUGAUCAAGCGCUCAUCGUCGGUCGAGCUCCUGUACGCCCUGCGUGCGCUCGCCUACCUGCCGCCCUCGACUUGGGCGACCGUCGAUACUGGCAAGGGCAAGGCGCGAGCUGACUCGUCCUCGGCGCCCGCCGACCAUUCCGACGAGCAAGCUUGGGGCGAGCAAGCCUGGGCGAGCAUCCUCGCCGGCCUCGACGACCCGGACUCGACGAUCCGCCGGGCGACGCUCGCCCUCGUCGCGCGGGUCGACGUCAAGCUCGUCGAAAUGCAGUACGAGCGGCUGCUCACGUCGCUGUCUGCGCCGUCGUCGAUCAUCGCGUCGACGCCGAGCUCGUCGAGCGUCGCGAGCGGCCGGGCCACCUCGGGCAAGCGCCGGUCCGCCUCGAGCACGAUCGCCCGCGUCGUCGAGGUCCUUCCCUUCCUCGGCAACGCGUCGUCCUCCUCGCCGUUCGCCACACCAUCGCCCCUCCCUCCAGCGCCGCGCCUACUCGCCCUCCUCGCCCGCCCUGAACUUGCCCUCACCCCGACCACCGUCCUCCCCGCCCUCAUCGUCCCCGUCCUGCACGUCUUCCAGUACGCGCCGCUCGAGGCGCAGCGCGCCUUCGCGCACGAGGUCCUUCUCGGCGAGGGCGGUGAGUGGAGGAAGAGCGUGAUCGCGGGUUUGUGGGCGGCGGGGUCCGUGCAGGUGCUCGAGGAGAAGGAGGCGGCGAGGGCGCUCGAGCUGUUGAGCGAGUGGCUCACCCAGGGCGACGGCUUAGCAGGCGCAGACCUCGUCGCCCUCCUCCAGGAACCCUUCAUCUUCGCCGUCCUCCGCCUUCUCGCUCUCCAUCCCGCACUCGACAUACCCUCAGCUCUCGCCGAUGAACCGGAGCGCGCCACGGCACACGCCGCCUCGCCAGAGACCGCGCGCCUCUUCCUCCUCGUCCGACGGUGCACCUCGCCUGCCGACGAGUACCUCCUCACGACCCUGCGCGUCGUCGGCCCGCGCACGCGCUCGGCGCAGCUCGGCGAGUUCGCCACAGCGCUGCUUGACGCACUCGACGCGCACGACGGCGCGGCGUCGGCGUCCUCGCCACCUCGACCGCCGUCCUCCUCCCGGCUGCACCAUCCGCCUCCUGCGCCUUCGUCUGCCCCUCUCCGAUACACCUAUUCUCCGCCUCACUCGCCCACCUCGUCGCUCGGCGCAGCGGCGACACCGGGCUCGGCGUCGGCCGCCCUGUCGCUGUCGAGCGCCGCCCUCGCUCGCGAGCAGGCCGACCUUUUGCGCGAGCGGUCCGAGCGCGGCGGGCGAGGGGCGCGCAAGGGCGAGCCGGUCGAGACGGUCAAGACGCCGAGGCUGCGGGUGGGCGAGCUCCCCGAGGAGAGCGAGGGCGAGGACGACCGCGAGAGAGGGAGGGGCUCGAGGGUCGACCAGGUUUCGGGCGAGCGCGAGCGCGAGGAGGACGCGGGGGAGACGAGCGGCGAGCCACCGGCCGACCUCCUCAUCCAGCUCGACUCGCUCGAUCCAUUCCGGGCGGCGUGA